GGUCUGAACCAUUAAGAGCUAGUAUAUUGCUUAACUAUUCAGAGGCAAAUGUCUGAUCAAUUCAGAUAACAGCUCUUAACCAUUCAGACUCUGUAUAAUACUUAACCAUUCAGAGGCAAAUCUCUUAACCAUUCAGACAUCUGAACCAUUAAGAGGCUGAAACAAACAAAGUAACCCAUCCUGAAAGCCAAUCACUCAGGAAUGUCUUGAAGUCAAACCCGUGCCCCAAGGAUGCAUUGAUGAGGCUCCACACUCCAAUAUUCUGGACUAAGGAGAUUAGGAUGAGUGCUUUGUUUUACCUGGGAGAGAUAGUUGAGGCGACAGAGUAUAUCACUUCCGUUGAUAGGGACACCACUAGAGAUCUUGGUGGUUGGAGGGCCAUUCUAAAGUCAGCCGCGAAGAAGCUUGGACGUUGGAGGGACAUAGUGAAGUCAGAUAUUCUUCUCAAUCCUCUGGAAACUGCUUUUAGUAACAAUGAGAGAAAAAAAUCUCAGAACCGCGGUUUUACCAUUGAGUCAACAGAUGACCGUGAGCUGAAUGCGUUAUUCUUCUUUUUGCGAUGGACCAUGUUGCAUUUUGAAGUCAUGAAGAAGAGUAUUCAGUGUGUUUUCUCAGAUCAAUGGAGCCUCCUCCUUCACUAUGAGAUCAAUAUGCCUGAGAUGAUGCAAGAUGUUUACACGAAGGCGUACGAUAGGGUGCCAAGGGAGGUCUUAUGGAGGUGCCUUAAGACGAGAGGAGUUCCCAUCGCGUACACUCGCGCAAUCAAGGAUAUGUACGAUGGGGCUAUGACUAGGGUAAGGACCUCCGGGGGUGACUCUGAGUCAUUCUCGGUAGGGAUGGGGUUGCACCAGGGGUCUGCCCUUAGCCCUUUUUUGUUCGCCUUGGUGAUGGACGUCCUAACUCAAAGUGUUCAAGAAGGGGUCCCAUGGUGCAUGCUUUUCGCGGAUGAUAUUGUGCUUAUCGACGACACACGUGAGGAACUAAACGAUAAGUUGGAACUAUGGCGCCUUGCCCUUGAGACUAAAGGAUUCAGAAUAAGUAGGAACAAGACCGAAUACAUGGAAUGUCGUUUCAGCGGCCGGGAAACAAAAUCAGAUGUGGAAGUUAGGAUUGACUCUCACAUAGUACCUAAGGUAGACAGGUUUCGAUAUCUUGGCUCGGUAAUCCAGGCUGAUGGGGAGUUAGACGGGGAUGUUGGACAUCGUGUUGGAGUGGCUUGGGCCAAAUGGCGGUUGGCUUCAGGAGUGUUGCGUGACCCGAAGAUUUCGCCCAAGAUGAAAGGUAAGUUCUACCGAUCCGUAGUCAGACCUGCUAUGUUGUAUGGGGAAGAGUGUUGGGCGGUUAAGAAGACUCAUGUGCGUCGUCUGCAUGCGGCGGAGAUGGGAUUUCGAACGAAGUUAUCCGACGUUAGGUAGGCAUGGCUCCGGUGGAAGAUAAGUUGCAAGAAGCGAGGUUGAGAUGGUUUGGUCAUGUGAGACGGCGGGAUGUUGAAGCCCUUGUACCGAGAUGCGAGAGGAUUACGGUUAUUGGGGGAAGUAGGGGAAGGGGCAAACCUAGGAAGAAUUCGAAUGAGGUGAUUAGGCAGGAUUUAGGACUUCUCACCCUGACUGAGGAUAUGGGUUUAGA